AUGGGGGAGGCCAUGGGCAUGCAUAAUGUUGCCCAGCCCGUCCAGCAUGAGCCGAUACGUACACCAUCUUCGUCGUCGCCAGCGAAGCGUCUCCAGUCUUUCAGUAGCGGUGCCGUAAUUUAUAGCCCUAUGGUGAUGCAGUCGACAACGCAUGGCACAACGGCUACUUCUGCGUCAGUCGGCGUAUCAGGAGAAGAUGCAUCACCAAUCUCUUCGUAUGCAGCUGCAGAGUACGAAGAGAUCGAGCGAAAACAGUAUGAGCUCCGCAGCGCCGUAGAGCAACGAAUCUCAACACUGGAACAUGCAUUGAGGCAGCGUGAGGAGGAGCUGGAAGCCGUUCGUAUGCAGUUGCUGAAGACAGAGGAAGACUACAAAUUCAACUACAACCUCAUAAAGGACCGAGAUGCGGCGCUCGCAGAGGCGGCAACACAGGUACAGUCACUUUACAGUGAACUGAAGCGUCACAGGUCAGACGACGCCCUUACAACAAAGCGUUUGGAAGAGUCAGAGCAGCAGGCACAGCGACUGGGGCAGAGGCUUCGUGAGGUGGAGGAGGAAAAGGAGCGAGCGUUGCAGCAGAUGCAGGGGGCUUAUGAACUGAGGGAAAAACAGUUGAAAGAGGAUAUUCAUAACAAGGGUAUUUUAAUGGAGAAGGAGAAGCAGCGACUACAUGAUGAGUACCUAAGACGCUUCAAGGCACUUGAUGACGCUCGAGCAGAGUUGGCGACAAAGGGGCAAAUGUUGGCAACAGAGGUGGAGGAAGGGUGGAGGCAGCAGGUUAAUAGGCUAGAAGCGGAGCUCCGCGCGUCCGUUGAUGCGAUGGAUGCCUUACAGCGUGAGAAGGUAGAAAAUGAAGGUCGUUUGGGUGAGACGUCCAGGGCACUCUCCCUAUUGAAACAAGAGCACGAACUCCUGCAACACCGAUUUCAAUCGAUCACUGCAAGUGCUGCCGAUCAGAAACAAAAAUACGAGCAAAAACUGGCUGAAUGCAGAGCAACUAUGAAUCACGGCAUCACCACGGCUGAAGACACUGUUCGUCAGCAUGUGCAGCGAGUUUCCACACUAGAAGCGGAAUGUGGUCGGCUUCAAAGGGAGCUAACUGAGUUACAAGACCGUUUGCAGACAACACAAUUUCAGCGUGAUGAAGAUACCCGACACUUCAUUAACGAGAACCGGAGGGCCCAGGAGCAGUAUGACCAGGCUGCAGCACAAAUAGAGGAACAGCGCCGCAACAUGGACGAGACGCAACGUCAAUUCGCCUUGCGAUUGCAACAGCUAGAAUGUGAUUUGGGGAUUGCCCUCGAGGCGAAAAAGGAAGCCAUGUGCCGCGUGAGGGAGUACCAGGAUCGGUGUGACGGCCUUCAGAGAGAACACUUGCAACAACACAGCGAAGUGGAGCGUCUUCGGCGGGAGCUGCAGCAGAGUCGUGAAGAAGAGAAAAUCACUGCUGCCCGUGCUCUUGAGGUCCAGCAACUUGCAGAUGAGAAAACGAUUGCUGCUAGCCGUGAUGUGGAGCUUGCACACGCAGAGCUGCAGAUGCAGCAGCGCCGCAUGUUAGAUUCUCAAGAGCGUGCACAAGCGGAGGUGGCGCGGCUCACGCGGGAGUUGCAUGCCAGUGAGGCGGCACGGCACGCUGUUGAAGAGCAGUAUCGCUUAGUGGAGGACGCCAAUGGUCACCGGGCGCUUAUUGAGGCGCUACGAUGCGAUAAAGAAACACUUGAGCGGAAGGUUCUCGAUCUCGAGAGGGCCAACGCAGCAAUACGUGAGCAGGUUUCAUCUUUCGCCAUAGAAUUGCAAAAUGACCCCGCAGUGAAGACUGCAAAGGAGAUGCAGCACCGCGUUCGGGAGCUGCAGGAGGAUUUGCUGCGAGCACGGGAGGACAACGAUCAAUUGCGUAGUACCUUACGCGAGAGAGAGGAAGAGGUGUCCCGUCAUCGAAUAGAGGUGUUGCGUUUGCGCUCAACAGGGGCUGUUUUCUUGGAGCAACAAAACGUAGGCGUGCGCCGACAUCAAACUAGUGAGGUUGCAUGCGGCUGCUUAUCCAGAGGGGACAGCGACCGCCGAAAACAACAACAGCCGCUAUGUGGGAAUAAGAAAAAUAGAUUACCAUCAGAUAAACCAGCUGCACAUGAGGACGAUAGUAGUGAUCGUAGCAGUAGCAGCAAUAGAGGGAGAGGUGCAGGAUUCGGAGGACAGAGGGUGGUGAUGGGAAAACGCCUCGCGCACAAGGACGGAACGCUGGCACGGAAGGUUGAGUCUCUGCGGCACCGGUGCCUGCAACUGGAGCAGGAUGCCAGAGGUUUGCUUCGUGAGCGUGACAAUCUUGCAAAGGAACUGGAACUGACGCGUCGGGAUGUAGACGCACUGACUAGUGAAAAGCAGUCUCUUGUUGAUCUGAACUCAUUGCUGAAGGCCCAGCUCCGCGAAGCGUACCGCACCGCUCUGGAAUGUUCCCAGCAAUGUCGGCGGCGACAAGCAGUUGCGGGCCAGCCACCGGACCCGCGCGCAGAGGCUGUGGAAACCGUCGCCGUGGAGCCCCCUAACCCAGGUAGGCUGUUGACAGCGGGUGAUAUGCCGAACGUCGCCGGCGCGCCGAGGGCAUUAUCGCUCGAUAGUGAGCGUUUUGCCGCACUUGAGGAGGAGUUAACAGCGAUAAAGGCACACAUGCUACACAAGCGCUCCGGGUGUUCACGUACUUCGCGUCACCAGGCAGUUUCUGCCUCACCUGGAAAUCAGAAAAGGCUUCAGGGGAAACCCGGCAAAGAAGAAAGUCACUGUCCUGGUGCAUCGGCAGCGCCUUCAAGUCGAUCCGCAAGUCAAAACAAAGUUACUGUGGUGAAACGGGGGUCGGGGGCAGUACGGCACUAUGGCUACCUGUGA